AUGACUGACGUGAAGAAAGAGUCGGAUGGCCCAGAGCCCUACUCGUCCUCUGCUUUCGACUUCACCCUCCUCCCCGACUACAACAACGACUUCAUCAACGAAGAUGACUUCGCCGAGUUCGCCAAAGCGCUAGCUGCCCCCGACCACCUCUCGCCAUCGACCGAAGACCUCACCGCACCGCAGCCCGAGACGGGAAAGUUCUCGGCGAACAAUGACUGGAAGCCGAUCCACCAGCGCGUGCGGCGGCGGAAGAAGAGCAAGGCACCUCCGCGGCGAGGCAAGGACGAGACACGUGAAGGCUUCGUCUACGUCCUGCUGAAAUGGCCGCUGCUUGUCGUCGUGCUUGGCUGGCUGCUGUUCCUCAGUAUUGCUUACGUAUUCACGCGGCUAUACAUCUAUCUAUAUGAGCACAUGGUCACAUGGCGAGGGACACGGCAGAAGCUACGGAGACAACUCCAGAAUGCUUCAUCAUACGAAGAAUGGAUCAAGUGCGCACAGCAACUAGAUACACACCUCGGAAGUGACGACUGGAAGAAGAACCCGAGCUACAGCUACUACGACUCCAAGACAAUCCGGAAAGUACACGAGCAGCUGGUGAAGCUGCGACAGAGGGCCGAAUCUGAUGAGACGGGCAAAUCCACCGAGAAGCACGUCGAUGGCCAGCCUCGAGCUGUCGAAGACCUCCGCGCACUCCUGGAAGCUUGCAUCAAGAACAACUUCUGUGGUUUCGAGAACCCCAGAUUAUACAGCGAGACGUACUAUGGCACAAAGGACGCUGUGCAGAGCUUCAUCGAGGAGGCUGAAGCUUCUCUGGCUUUCCUCCUUAACAGCAGUCAGCUCGACGCUGAAAACAAGCGAGCGCUUUUUAAACACUUGGGCAGUAAUUUUGGGCGCACGGCUCUUUGUUUGUCUGGAGGAGCGACAUUUGCAUACUAUCACUUCGGCGUUGCCAAGGCUCUACUUGACGCUGGCGUUCUCCCGGAAAUCAUCACAGGUACCUCGGGGGGAGCUUUAGUGGCUGCAUUGCUCUGCACAAGGACCGAUGAGGAACUCAAGAAGGUGUUGGUGCCCGCAUUGGCUGGCCGCAUUACUGCCUGCCACGAGGAUACCUGGACGUGGAUGAAGCGGUGGUAUGCUACUGGUGCUCGCUUUGAUAGCGUGGACUGGGCCAAAAAGUGCGCUUGGAUGACGCGAGGAACUCCGGAUUGCGUCGUGUGGUCUGCAGUACUGGCGUCAGCCGCCGUGCCCGGUAUACUGAACCCGGUCGUGCUCAUGAAGAAGAACCGGGAUGGAACACUAUCGCCGUACUCCUUCGGGCACAAGUGGAAAGAUGGAAGCCUGAGGACCGACAUACCCUUAAAGGCGCUGAAUCUGCACUUCAAUGUUCGAUUCUCCAUCGUCAGCCAGGUCAACCCACACAUCAACAUUUUCUUUUUCUCCUCUCGUGGCUCAGUCGGUAGACCCGUCACCCACCGGAGAGGUCGAGGGUGGCGUGGAGGCUUCAUAGGCUCCGCGACCGAACAAUACUUGAAGCUCGACCUGAACAAAUGGCUGAAGGUACUCCGCCACCUGGAAUUACUGCCGCGACCCCUCGGCCAAGAUUGGAGCGAAAUUUGGCUUCAACGUUUCAGCGGCACAAUCACAAUUUGGCCCAAAUCCAUCCCUUCCGACUUCUUUUACAUCCUCACCGACCCCACACCGCAGCGUCUGGCCCGCAUGAUCCACGUCGGUCAGCAAUCAGCCUUCCCAAAGCUGAAAUUCAUCGCCAACCGCGCCAAGCUAGAGCAUUUAAUCCAGCAAGGAAGACGGCAAUACCGCCCUCGUGGAAUCCGGGAGGAUAUCCAGGCUGUCCUAUCAGAGGACGACCUCCAAGGUCUCCUCAAGCGCACAAAAAGCAAAAGCCCGUCCGAGGAAGCCAUCUACCCGCUAUCUGGCUCCGAAUCCUCGUCGUCCGCCGAUUUCUCCCGCCCGGGUUCGCCCAUCACGCUCCCCCUUGGCUUCACAUUCACGCGUAAGAAUAAAAAGGGCCUUGCGGAUUUGCGCACCGACCCGAAAGCACUUACCGACACGCCGAAUAGUCCUUCGCUAUCUGCCCGGCUGACAGGCUGGUGGAACACCAAGUCUCCGCGCGACAGCCACCCGUCGACGCCAAAGGAUCCGUCCCGCUCACUGUCACCAUUCACGCAUCAUGAUCGGCCGAACUCCAUGUUCGAGCUGCGGCCGCCGAAGGAGGUCAGGGAUUUGCAGGCGCGCACGCAUGGACGCCCGCAGCAUCGGAAUAGCGACUUUCUUGAGGAGAUUCGGAGGCGGAGUAGUGCGUUUGUGGAGGGCGAGGGAUCGGAUGAUGAGGGCCGCGCGGGACGGUAUAGGCGCGGCGAUGUUGAUGCUGGGGCGCAGGAUGCGGAGGUCUAUGGCGAGCCAGCGGAGUUUGGGGACAAUGAGGGGGAUGGGGAGGAGGUGCAGAGUGCUGUUGGGCUGGGACUUGAGGGGAAGGGGUUGUAG